AUCGCUCUGUUCAUGGAAAAGCCUUGGAGGCUGAAAGUGUGCAUAUUAUGCUCUCUCUGUUCACCGCAAAGGGCUAUGGGACGCCUGAUUGGGAGUUAUUUAUGAUUGUAGGGAGACCACAACUUGCUACCGUUGCAAUCUUUGUAUGUGUGAAGAAGGAUGGGUAGGUUAGGUGCCCUCUGUACUAUUCUCUUCUUCGUCUUUCUGGAUAUUGGAGCUAGCAAAGAUGAUUGUCCGCCUUCCAGCUGCAGUCCGGACGGCCCCGAAAUCAGAUUCCCAUUUUGGAGAAGUGACUACCCAGAGCACUGUGGCUAUCCAGGAUUCGAGCUGGCUUGCCAGGGUAGUGACACUGUCAUCAAGCUUCCAUCAUCCGGAGCUUUUCCUAUAGCAUUCAUCGAUUAUGCUGGACAGAUUCUCCGUCUUGAAUCAAAAGUCUGCGAAUCCCUCCUCUUGAACGUUGAUGUUUCCAACUCGCCUUUCCGCUUCUACACUAACGGCCUGGAAGACGUGAUUCGGGACUUCAUAUUCCUCAACUGUUCAUUUACAGCAACCAACAGCAGAUACGAUUACUUCGAUUAUUAUGAUGAAAUCGACUGCCUAAGUGAAUCUGAUAAUCGCAUCUUCCUCGUGCGACCAUCUUCGAACUUGGCUAACUUACCAAAAUAUUGCACACCAAUAAAGACCAACCAGUGGAGAUGGCCAUAUGCUACUUUCAUCAUACGUGAUCCUAUUCUAACGUGGGAGAGACCUGAUUGUGCUUACUGCGAAACUGGAGGAGGGACUUGUCAACCCCACAAUUCUACUAGUCAUGAAAUUAUGUGUUCAUACCAACCUCAACCCAAUCCUCUGCCUCAACUCAACCCUCCGCCGGAUCAUGAUCAUAGAGGUGUAUGCAAGAAGUGUUUGAUUAUAGGUGCAGUCCUGAGCACCUUGGUUCUUUUAGUGACAACGGCAAUCUCAAUUAAGGUAUGCCACUCUUGGUUGCUAAAAAGAGAGAAGGAAAAGGAAAGUCAACUAAAGGUUGAAAAGUUCUUGGAAGACUAUAAAGCUCUUCAACCCAUGAGAUAUUCUUAUGCUGAUAUCAAGAAGAUCACCAAUCAAUUCAAAACUAAAUUAGGUGAGGGUGGUUACGGCAGUGUAUUCAAAGGAUUUCUUCCUAAUGGAGUACCUGUUGCCGUGAAGAUACUCCUAACAUCUAUAGGCAGCAACGGUGAAGAUUUUGUAAAUGAAGUAGGCACCAUUGGUAGGAUUUACCAUGUCAAUGUCGUGCGUCUUCUAGGAUUCUGUGCUGACGGAUUUAAACGAGCUCUUAUCUAUGAAUUCAUGCCAAAUGAAUCGCUGGCGAAGUUCAUUUUCUCAGUUAAUGGUAGAAGUACAUUGCUAGGCUGGGACAGGCUUCAUAACAUUGCCAUUGGCAUAGCUAGAGGAAUUGAAUAUCUUCAUCAGGGAUGUGACCAACGUAUCCUCCAUUUCGAUAUUAAGCCCCAUAAUGUCUUGUUAGACGAUAAUUUUUGUCCAAAGAUUUCGGAUUUUGGGCUUGCAAAGUUGUGUUCGAAAGACCAAAGCAUAGUGUCAAUGACAGCUGCCAGAGGGACUGCAGGUUACAUUGCACCAGAAGUGUGCUCUAGGAACUCUGGAAAUGUUUCAUACAAAUCCGAUGUUUAUAGUUUUGGAAUGCUAUUGCUGGAAAUGGUGGGUGGGAGGAAGAACAUGGAUGCAACAGUGGAAAACACCAGCCAAGUGUACUUCCCAGAAUGGAUCUACAAUCGUUUGUAUCAGGAGGAGGAGCUUGGGCUCCACAUUAUUGAAGAGAACGAUGCAAUUAUUGCAAGAAACCUGACUAUUGUGGCACUUUGGUGCAUACAGUGGUAUCCAGUGGAUCGCCCUUCAAUGAAAAGUGUUGUGCAGAUGUUAGAGGGAAGCAUGGAGAACUUGGUAAUGCCUCCCAAUCCUUUCACUUCUGCUGGUCCACUAAAUACUCACGUAGCUUUGUCUGAUAGGCGUCUUAGCACAAAUUUGACAACUAUCCCCGAACCAUACUCUGAGCAAGAAGAAGUUUGAUGUUCGUUAGUGUUUCCGUUACUUCUGUCGAGAAGUGAUGCAAGUGUAAUCGUCAAAACCAUGCUUGCUUAUGUUUACGUAUCAGUGUGGUGAAUAAUAAGUAUUCAAUUGUGGGUUGAUACUGUAAUUGAAGGUUUGAGGUCUGUAAUAUUGGUAUAGACUAUUUUUGUUAUUAUCGUGGUGAUAGUUUAGUACUAAUGCUCUUACAAGGUUACAUGAU